GAGUUUAUCUCUUGGAUCCCUUCUUGGGAUAUCUAUUUGCAUACAGCCGACAUAUCCAACUAAAAGCAAACAGCAAAACAACCGGUAGGGCCGUGUCGUGAUAAAGUAGAAGUCAUGCACUAAGCACUGCACGCGAUUUAUAUCUUUUAAAUCUAUAUAGGUGGUAUUGUAUAUAUUUAACUACAGUAAACGCCCCAUACGGGUUAUACCUUCUUUUGUUCAACAGAUAUAGCAAAGAACUACCAACAUUACUACACACAUGCAAAUAAUGUUUCACGGUGCAAUGAAGUGUGUAUUUGCAACAUAUGCUGGUCUGGUUGGAAGUACGAGAUCUUCUAUAACCCCACUUCACAAUAGCGCAAACAGAAGAUUAUACUCAACAAAGAACAGAAUAGUACACCUUGAUGCAAGAAAUUGCGUACCUGGAUAUACGUCCACGAGCAGGGUGAAUAAAAGGCUAUACUCAACUAAUGAUAGAAAAGUACGCCUAAAUAAGGGAGAUUGUGUGCCUGGGUUCGUGCUGGAUAUUGAUGGGGUGCUGAUAAGGGGUGACACGGUCAUACCCGAGGCCCGAGAGGCGAUGGAUAUACUCACGAAUACUACAUUGGUUGCAGAGGAUGGAUCUGAGAGCAAAGGAUUUCCAUACGUAUUCGUCACCAAUGGGGGGGGUUCCACCGAACAGAAAAAGGCUCAUCAGCUCAGUGAAUGGCUAAAUAUAGACGUCCCUGUGGAAAAAGUGAUCCUUUCGCACACGCCGAUGCGGAAAUAUACCAACCUCUACGACAAGAACGUGUUGUUAGUAGGUCAGGGUCCACUGCAGGAGAUUGCCGCCAAUUACGGCUACAAGAACACGUGGACGAUGGAAGAUGUGGUCAAGGCAUACCCACUUCUACAUGUGAUGGACAAGGUAUGCAUGUUCAAUAUUGCAGAAACUAAGGAAUACGGCUCCAGUUAA